AUGAACGGAACACCCUCAACCUCUUCCUCGGCUGCGGGCACAGCUGCAAGUUCCUUUCCUACUGAUCCGUCAGAAUUUGACGCAGAUGAUAGAAUCUCCUUUUCGAAGCUUGACAACAAGUUCCUACUCGUAGUUGCAGAUGGAACGGAGUACGAAUUCGACGACGCAAUCAAACGAUGGAUUCCAGUAGUCGACGAGGCGCUAUUGGAGCAGCAGCAGAAGGCAUAUCAGGUUGAGGGUGUCGAUGAGAGCGAACCAGUUGAUGCACUGAAGCGCAAGAGGAAGAAGGAAUAUGUUAACGGAGAAGAUGAAGGCGGACGCGAAAAGAAAGCCCCCAAGAAAACCAAAGCGCCGCUCCCACCAAAAGCCAAUACAGCAGUUUACGUAACCGGGCUUCCAUUUGAUGUCACCAUACCAGAAGUCCAUGAAGUGUUCUCGAGAAAAUGCGGCGUUAUUGCAGAGGAAAUCGAUAGCGGAGCGCCUAGGAUAAAGUUAUAUACGGAUAGCAAGGGCAUCUUCAAGGGUGAUGCAUUGAUUGUAUUCUUCAAGCCGCCGAGUGUCGAUAUGGCGAUUAUGCUACUGGACGACACUCAAUUCCGUAUGGCCGAUGGGGAAGGAAGCGGGCGCAUGAGGGUCCAAGCUGCAGACAUGAGCUACAAGAGAGUUCAGAAUGACACUGAAGUUACGGCUAAAGAUAAGGAGAAGGAAAAGGAAAGACAGCGGACCAAGGCUAGGGAUAAGCAGAAGAUUAUCAAGAAGACUCAGAAACUGGAUGCUCGAUUAGCGGACUGGAGUGAUGAUGAGCCAUCCGCGAUACAGGAAACUUCGUCGAGGUUCGAUAAGGUGGUCAUUUUAAAGCAUAUGUUUUCGCUUGCGGAAUUGGCAGAUGAUCCAGCUGCCAUUCUGGACAUAAAAGAGGAUAUUCGCGAGGAGUGUAGCAAGCUGGGAGAGGUUACCAACGUGGUCUUAUUCGACUUGGAGGAGGAAGGAAUUGCGAGCGUCCGAUUUACAAACGCAGAAGCCGCCAAAGCUUGUGUUAUCCUUAUGAAUGGUAGAAAUUUCGAUGGCCAGAAGGUAGAAGCUUACGUCUCGGAGGGCAAGGAAGUUUUCAAAAAGUCGAAAAAGAAGGAGGAUGAAACUUCGCUUGACGAUUGA